AUGCAGAGAAUCAAAAUGGCCAUGGCAUUCCGCAACAUGCUCAGAACUGCUGCAAGAAAGGUUCAAGUUCGUAACUAUGCGGAUGCUGCUACAGGAGAUCAAAUGGCUUUGACAUUUGCUGCUGGUAAUAAGGUUUUCUAUGAUAAACAAGUAGUGAAACAAAUUGAUGUUCCGUCUUUCAGUGGGUCUUUUGGUAUCUUACCUAAGCAUGUGCCUACUUUAGCUGUUCUUAGACCUGGUGUUGUCACAGUGUUAGAAAAUGAUGGCAAGCAGACCAAAAUAUUUGUAUCUUCUGGAACCAUUACAGUCAAUGAUGAUUCCUCAGUUCAGGUAUUGGCUGAAGAAGCUCACCCAUUGGAGAGUUUGGAUCGCAGCGCAGCUCAGGAAGCCCUUAGCAAAGCUCAGUCUGAGUUUAACUCUGCAGCCGAUGAAAAGGCAAAGGCAGAAGCAGCAAUCGCAGUUGAAGUAGCUGAGGAGAUUGUGAAGGCCGUGUCCGCG